CAAGAAGACGAGAUAGAUAUUGGUGAAAGUGCAAUCUUAAAUAGCAACCCAGCAGCUAAUGUGCCAUUACUGGUUGACAAGGAGACCAACACGGAGGAGGAUACUCUUCAGGAAAAUGUGGCAGUUAGGCCAAAAGAUAGAAGCAACCUCAAUUCCAGACAGAGAUCAUUUGUGAGGAACAGCAUGAUAGUGAGAUCACAAACCUUUUCUCCAGGGGAGAGAAGUCAGUAUAUUUGCAGGUUGAAUCGCAGUGACAGUGACAGCUCAACACUAGCAAAAAAAUCUCCUUUUGUGCGAAAUGCAACAGAAAGGCGAAGUCUGAGGGUAAAACGGACAAUCUGCCAACCAAUGGUGAGACGGGUAACACAGGACCAUCCAACACGCACCUCUUUGGACCUGGAGCUGGACCUCCAGGCAUCUCGCACUCGACAGAGCCGCUUGGAUGAUGAACUGCAGGCACUAAGGGAGCUGAAGAGGAGGCUUGAAGAGAUAAAAGCUAAGGGCGAAACUGAGCUAUCACAGUGCAUACUGGAGGACGAGCGGUUUCAGAAGCUUCUAAAGCAAGCUGAGAAACAGGCUGAGCAGACUAAAGAACAACAAAAACAGGGGCUGCGAGCAGAGAAGCUUAUGAGAAAAGCUUCAAAGGAUGUUUUUAGAUUACGGGAACAGAGUCAGAAAGUUCCACUCCAGGUCCAGUCAUUCAGGGAGAAGAUGGCUUUUUUCACCCGAGCAAAGAUCAACAUACCUUCUCUCCCAGCAGAUGAUGUGUAAAUGCUGUUUUCUGAGACAUAUUGAAAUAUUUUUCCAGUUGAACUUUUUAGCUGAAGAUUUUGGUAGGGUAGCUACUUGAAUAUAUAAAUUAUAAAAAAAAACAAAAAAAAAACAGCAACAACAUAGAAAUUAAUGUAUUUGUAAAAUAAAUAAAUAUAAUGAUUAUGCUUAUGUAAAAACAAAAAAAAAAUAAUGGGAUUCUUCUUCUGAGAAAACCAAAGUAGAAUAAUUCUGGUACAUUGAGGAUAAUGUGCUUGUACAGUUUGUAUGUAUGUCUGGCAUGCUUUUUAUUCUGUAAAGAUGGGACGCAGGAACAAAAGCAGUACUAAGUGUGUUUUUCAGUACAAACACCACUGCUUGACUCAUAAUAUUCUGUUCGACAGAAUGUAUUCUAUUGUUUUCACUGUUUUCAUGUGAGUAGAGUGUAAAUGGUGGCCACUGGCCACAGAGUGUUUUCAUGAGAGCGUUUC